AUGGUGCCAGCACCCUCGCGUUCGGAGCGGCUGCGAGUGCUCCGGGCCUUGUACCGACGCCAGAUCAUCUUCAAUAUGUGGGCGAUGGGCCGACGCGCGCUCGCGUGGGGUGAUGCGGACAACGCGGCCCUCAUCAACUCCAACGACAGCGCGGGAGAGAGCCUGGGCCUGCUGGCGCCUCUGCAGUCAUGGGAGAUGCAGCAGGUGGACGACGUCAACCAGAUCGUCAUACACGUCUGUCUGUCCCUCUGCGCCGCGGGCCUUGACCAGGGGCAGCCAAUCGAUGAGGACUUAUUCGACGAGAUGUGCGUACACACCAACGUCCUGGUCCAGUUCAUGUGGGAGCACCCAGCCCUUUCGGAAGGUUUGCCCAUGGUCGUGCCGAUAUCAAGUGACUCCGGCCCCGACGGCCUGUGGAACUACUACGGCCUUUCCAGGACGUACAAACUGUCCUACCUCGCGUGGCCCUGGUGGGAACAAUGGAUCGGCAGGGGCCCGGUGGACGCGCAAGAAGACGAGGGCGGGCAGGGUGAAGGCAACACUAGAGGGAGGCUUGACUUCACUGUCGACCGAGUACACCUGGUCCCUUUUGCCUGGGCGGACGCGUUAGGGGGCCGAAUCGUCAACUGCUUUGGUGAAGUCCUCUGCGAGGGGAUUUCCGAGGCAGCGGCCGAGUCUGAAUACGAGCUUCGCAGUCGUUCUUCUUCCAUUGAACUGUGGUCAGCAGUCGGGUUUUCCUUGUGGGACCGCCAACGGGUCGAGACGCUGAAGGGGCUGAGCCAACUUGGUGAAUUCCAUACAGGGUGGAUUCUACGUUGGCAUGUUGUUCCGCGAUGA